AUGGGUAAGAGCCGCGGUUACAGAUCUGGUACUCGUUACGCUUUUUCGCGUGACUUCAAGAAGAAUGGAACUAUUCCUUUGUCUACUUACUUGAAGACUUACAAGGUUGGUGAUAUUGUUGAUAUCAAGGCCAAUGGUUCUAUUCAGAAGGGUAUGCCCCACAAGUUUUACCAUGGUAAGACUGGUAUUGUUUUCAACGUUACCAAGAGCUCUGUCGGCGUCAUUAUCCACAAGGUCGUUGGUAACAGAUACCUGGAGAAGCGUGUCAAUCUCCGUGUUGAGCACGUUAAGCACUCCAAGUGCAGACAGGACUUUUUGAAGAGAGUCACUGAAAACGAGCAAAAGCGUGCUGAGGCCAAGAAGAAUGGCACAUCUGUUGUUCUUAAGAGACAGCCUGUUCAGCCCCGGGGUGCUGCUGUCGUCAAGGUUUCUGAGAUCCCUGAGACUGUCACUCCUGUUCCUUACGAGACCUUUAUUUAA